CCAAUUGUUUUCUCUCUGUCACUGUCUCUUUCUCACACACAUGCCCACAAAAAGGAUUUCUGGGAAUGUAGUAUGAGUCUAACUCUAACCUCUCUAUUUAUUAUAUAUACUUCGCGUCAAUACUUAAUUCUCAAAACGAAGCUAAAUUAUUUCCUCGAUUGUGUCUUGCCUACUAGUUACUUGUAUCCUAACAAUGAUCAAGUUCCGAAGAUUUUCCUGCAAAUUCUUAACCAUCACUUCUCUUAUUCUUCACGUUGGGGGUCCUAUCUUAGUCUCUUCAAAGUGCAUAUGUGAAUCCCAAGAAGAAGAUCGAAAAACAUCCGACGCACUCAAAUACAAACUAGUUGCCAUGGCUUCGAUCCUAGUUGCCAGUUCGCUAGGAGUUUGUCUUCCAUAUUUGGUAAAGAAAACAUUUCUUCACCCAGAGAAAGAUAUUUAUUUCCUUAUAAAGGCCUUCGCGGCCGGGGUGAUCUUGGCAACCGGGUUCAUUCACGUACUUCCUGAUGCUUUUGAAAGCUUGACGAGCCCAUGCAUUGGGGGAAAUCCGUGGGGAAAGUUUCCCUUUACCGGUUUUGUAGCAAUGGUGUCGGCCAUUGGAACUAUGAUGAUGGAAGCUUUUGCAACAGGGUACCAAAAGAGGUCUGAGCUUAGAAAAGCUCAGCCGGUGAACGCCGAGGAGGAAAGUGAUGGGGCACAUGUUCAUGGUCCUGCAUUUGUCUCAGAGAGGUCGAAUUCAUCUGAUCUUAUCCGCCACCGCAUAAUAUCCCAGGUUCUGGAGUUGGGUAUUUUGGUUCAUUCUGUUGUUAUCGGGGUAUCGCUUGGUGCUUCAGAAAGUCCAAAGACAAUCAAGCCUCUAAUAGCAGCGUUGAGUUUUCAUCAAUUUUUUGAGGGCAUAGGACUUGGCGGAUGCAUCUCUCAGGCUAAAUUCAAGCAUCGAACCGUAGCAAUUAUGAUACUAUUCUUCUCCCUGACCACCCCAGCAGGGAUAGCAGUGGGCAUAGGCAUUUCGAACGUCUACAAGGAGAAUAGCCCUACCGCACUCAUAGUUCAGGGGAUUCUCUUAUCAGGAUCGGCUGGAAUUUUGAUAUACAUGGCACUUGUUGAUCUUCUUGCUCCUGACUUCAUGAACCCCAAAAUGCUAACCAAUUUUAGACUUCAAAUCGGAGCUAAUUUUACACUCCUUCUAGGAGCCUGUUUUAUGUCGCUCCUGGCCUUGGGAGACUCUAAUUAACAUUUUCUUUUUUCCACUUUAUAUAAAUCUAAAACAUAUCCUUA